UUGGUUUUGAAGACGAGCAGGCGGGAAUUCUCAAUCUUGGCCUGGGUGAUCAAGAGGAGGGAAGAUGACGGAAGGGACCGUGACCAGGGUGGAGAGCAAGGACAUCUAGGUCCCUACUAUCACUUGCCUGGAUAUCUUCAUAGGAAGGCUCUUGGGCAUCCGAGGAGAUGGAGCGGGCGAAUACUUUACAUCAAGACGGCGAGUCCAAAGGAGGUGUUUUAGCUCACUUGGAAAGACUAGAGGCUCAAGAAAACAGAUGCCAUAAACAAUCCAAAGAGCCUCAGAAAGAGCAGGCAGUGGAAAAUGCUCUUGGAACUGAGAUUCAUAAGCUGAGACGUCUGCGAGACAAGCUGAGGGCUGAACUGAAGCAGCGGCGAGCCAGAGUUAAAGCAUCUACUGCCAAUGCAGAAUCCAACCAAACAAUGGAGAUCAGUGAGCAAGAAGUUUUAGAAAGAAAACAGGAAAAUGUGAAAGCCAUUCUGCAGGCAUAUCGUUUUACAGGGCUCAGUGGUAAACAGACUAGCCGUGGAGUCUGUGUCUGCAUCAGCACUGCUUUUGAAGGGAACCUACUGGAUUCCUAUUUUGUGGACCUUGUCAUACAGAAACCACUCCGGAUACAUCACCACUCGGUCCCAGUCUUCAUUCCUUUAGAAGAGAUAGCUGCAAAAUACUUACAGACCAAUAUUCAGCACUUCCUGUUCAGUCUCUGCGAGUACCUAAAUGCUUACUCUGGGAGGAAGUACCAGGCAGAUCAACUUCAGAGUGACUUUGCAGCCUUUCUGACUGGGCCCUUGCAGAGAAACGCACUGUGCAACUUGCUGUCAUUUACUUACAAAGUGGAUCCGAAGGGUCAGUCUUUCCCAUUUUGUGCUAGAUUGCUGUAUAAGGACCUCACAGUCACUCUUCCAACUGAUGUCACCAUUACAUACCAAGGGACGGAAGCAUUAUCCACUUCGUGGGAAGAACAGCGAGCAUCCCAUGAAACCCUUUUCUGUAUGAAGCCCUUACAUCAAGUGUUUGCUUCAUUUGCAAGAAAAGGAGAGAAGCUGGAUAUGAGCCUGAUCCCCUAAAAUAUUAUUUUCAUUGGAAACAUGUCAGAAAAAUAAAUUCCCCUCCCCCCACCAGGUAAAAGGAAAUAUUGCACUUUCUGCUCUCAUGACGGGUUCCAGAAGAACCUUUCAAGAUUAUCAGGAACAUCAGGAUGAGGGCCAUUUCACCUCAGACCGUAUGGAGACGACCACGUCUGCAGCUCUAGCUCUCUUCAGAGUGAAAAGCACUGCUUUCGAGUUCCAGUUGGGCGCAGAGUGUUAGCCAGCACAGUGUCCUGCUUGGUCAAGCCCUUACCUCAGCAGAGCUUCCCCGCCUGUGCUCCCAGCCCCACAGCAAAGGCAGCUGCUUUCUACCUCUACUGUACUCCUGCUCACAGUGGCCAUGGCCUCUCUGGCAGAAGGGCCAGGUGGGAGCCAGGGCUCUGGAAGGAUUGUUCCAGUACUACACCUAAGACCCCUACUCUGGGGAAGCUACAGGCACACUGAAUAGUAUGGCCACCCUCAGAGCUCACAUAUCCACAAGCAAAUGAAGGCUCGAGAUUUUUAAACCUAAAGUCUAUGUGUGUGUACACUUCAAUAAUUUGGAAAUGUUGGGACUUGGUGAUUUGUCCUUUCCCAAGCCCUUUCUUUGAUUCCAAAAAAAUAAAU